ACCCACGCGAUUCACCAUUUCUAGAGAAAGAAUGUCGCGAGUGAUGUAUUCUAAUUGCUACCUUUGGCUUCCUGUAAUCGUUCUAUUGUGGGAUUUCACUAACUCCGUACCGGCAAAUAACCCAGCACCGCCAGCUUCACCCUGUCCCGGACUAUUCACAUAUCAGUACGAUACCAAUCGAUCGGAGUACUACGGACAGGCGGACUUGCAGACGCAAACAGUCAAGAAUUCAGCGGAAGUGGAGAUGUCUUUCACAAUAACCGCCCAGCUGCCAUCGAGCUAUGUCGGAUCCAUCGAAGCCAUCGGCGAUAAUCGGCAGCUGAUCGACCAGAUCUCCAAAGGGCGCGGCGUGAGCUAUCGAGUUAACCUUCCGAUCCAGGAUCCCCUACCGCGUCUAACCAAACUAAGUCUCAACGGAAAGGUAUUGUGCACGGGACCAUCAGAGAAGGGCGGAUUCGUAACCGAAACCAAUCUGCGUCACUUCCUGCGUUCGGAUUCCAAUUGGCAACAGUUCAACCAACAUAAAGGCCAUAAUAAUAAUAAUAACAACAACAUCAACAACAACUGUAACAAUUGUAAUAAAAGCAACAAUGAUCGAACGGCCGUCAGCGCUCCCCAGAACGUACCGAACAACUUCAAAUUAGUCGGUCAGCGGGAACAGAAUCACACUGUGGAAGAAACGGAGCAGGCGAUAAGUCCCACCGGAAACAGUACAUCAUACAAGUAUGUCACGAAGGUGGUUACGUAUAAAGAAUACGUAUCGGCACCGUUGGUUGAGAAGACGUCUCAUUAUUUUGUGAAUACAACCACCCGGGAGCAGGUGUAAGAGUGGUCAGGUUUCUGAAUAUUUAAUGAAGGAUAGCAGUGCAUACAAGUUUCUUAACCAGUGUCCAUAACUGA